AUGCACAGAGAUAAGCAAAUGCGCUUACGAGGCGAGCUUGACAGCAGCUCGUUUGAGUUCCUGGCAGAGUUCAAGAGCUGGGCUGAUCAAGAAUUUGGAGGCGUGCGAGCUGCUUUCACGGUUCUGGACGAGGACAACUCGGGUGACUUCACCUUGAGGGAGUUCAUCAAGAUGCUGCGGUUCUACGGAUUUCAGGGAGACUGCAGAGCUGUUUAUCUAACGCUUGAUUGUGAGGGACAGGGAAAGGUUUCUAUGAAUGACCUCGCCUUCCUGGAUGCAUGGGAGUUGCAAAGUCACCCGAUCGAAGAAGAGCCAGAAUCUCUGAACUGCACACAGACUGAAGCCAAAGCGACAAGAAAUGCGAAAGUUUCGCCACGCCUUGCGGAGCUCGCGCGGUCUCGCAAAGCGCACCUCCCGCUUCUGCCUGUGGCUUCGAAGUCCACGCUGGAGAGUUUUACCUCAACUUUCUCCAAGCCGCUGCUUCUGAAAUCCGUGUACGGCAAGCUCCCAGACUUGUCGCAAACUGGCUGGACGUACGACUUCACAGGCACAUCAGGCAUAUCUGGAUAUCAAGUGCCCACUGGAGCAGCGUUGAGAAGGAUCAGGGUCAAGGCAAUCAAAGAUGAAAUUCUUGCAGGAAGUAUCGACGACCUGCAGGGGCUCUUUUCAGAGGACUCGGAUGCGCAUUUGCUGAGCAUCAAGAACAGGACUCUUGCGUUGAGGAGUCGCACUGUGGAACUCCUCAGUAAAGCUGAGGAUUUCGAGGAGUCCCAGCAAGUGAAUGCUUCGUCGCAGAUUCCUGUGCAGAUCAAUCUUUUAGAGGCAUCUUAA